AUAAAGAAACCUCAUGUACCCACUUCGCGGAGGAUACAGACGGAUUGCAAUAAAUGUAUCACGAUGGAUGGCAAACUCGACAGGGCAAAGAAGAGCAUUGACGACGUUAAACGAAAGCUGAAGAGAAUAGAAGAGAGGAAGAUCAGGGAAAGAAAUACGGAAGAAAAGAAGAUCGACAACAGGAAGAAAGUGGGGAGGAAGGAUGAAAAUAGGGAUAGUAAUGAAGCGAACUCUUGGAGUCUUGGGACGGGACUUGGGAGUAUUACCGAGGAGAGUGAAGUUGAGGAUGAGUCUGCAAGUGAUGGAAGUAGCCAAGGCAGUUCACAAAUCUUCAACACUGAAAGAACCGUCAUUGCUAAAACCGCCAAUAGUCAGAGUUCGUACAAGUGA